UAGGUUGGUAGGUCAGCGAAAAAAUCUAGUACUGUGUUCCUGUCCCAGCAAUGGAGUUCAUACGCAGGACAGCACAAGCGUUGCUUGUAACGGCAUGGAUAGUCGUUACUAUCUCAGGAGCACAAAGCGCCUUAAAAACCCCGGUCUGGCCUUCCAGCUUCUCGGUAAGGUUUCACGAGAAGGACCUCAACAUCUUCCACAGGCCGAUAACGACCGAAAACGACGGCGCGUGGUACUACGACUACUCCAUCCCGGCGGCGCGACACGAUCACCUGCAGGGACAGAACAACACCUACUGUCAGGGACGCGGUCUGAACCUCACGGACCCUCACGCUGACUGUAGCCUGUUGUACGUGGAUAACAGAGACAUGUACGUGCACUACCCUGGGGAGCGGCAGUGUUGUCGGGCCUGUGGACCUGAUGAGGGCUGUACCAUGAUGUCUCAGACUAACCUGGCUCAAGCGACCAACUACAACAACGAGACGUUUAACGGGACGGCUUGCGUCGGCUGGUCCAUACCACCAGAGAAGUAUCCCAUUGAUCAGUGGUACAUGACUGAGAUUGGCACCCCUUGUUAUUGGGAGACAAUACCGAUCGUACACCCCUUCAUUGUCAGCAGCCACUCCCUAACCUUCGACCAGCACAGCUACCACGUAGGACCCAUACCCCAGGAUCUUUUAAAAGUGCCGAGCUACUGUCUGAACAUCUGUCCCAACCCUUACGUCCCGCCCCAUUGAUUAGAAAUAACAUCUAAGAAGGUACAUUAUUUGUGCGCAGAUUAUAACACGACCACUACAAGAUAUCAUUCUAACCAGACGUGAUAAUGCAGUUGAUAUCCUGGAAUUUAGACCGUUAUCUCUGAGUCGAUGAAGAGCCCGUGCGUAGUAGGUAGCAAUUAUUAGGUCCCUGAGACUUCGCCGUUCUUAAAAAUAUCAGUGACAUGUGUCAUUAACCUUGGCUGGUCAGUCAUUUCUGCACCGAGUUACCUUUAUCAACAUAUAGCCGUGUUGUAACUUGUAAUGUUAGCGCUAAGCAGAAUGCAUAUAUUGUUGUAGUAGAUCAUAGAUGAUCAAUCUUUUAUGCUGAACUUGUACUUGGACCAAAAAAGUGAAAAAGGAACUAAAUGAUUGAUACC